AUCCGUCGUCAACAUGUCCUUAUUAACUUAUGGACAUGGGAAGGUUUUUUCCUCUUUCUUGAAUCAAGUUUCCAUCUUAAAAUCGUAUUGCAAGGCAGAAAUUCUCGGCGUUGUCGCGAGUGGUAUCGCAGUUGCCCAAGUAGCGAGUGCAAUCGUUGAGAGUAUUCGGAAGAUAUAUUCUCUAACUUCGGAAAUAAAGGAUCCGCCCAAGAAAUUGAGCGAUUUAUUGGUAGAAAUUGAGUUGCUUGGAGAAAUACUGGUUGACUAUGGUGAUCAGAGUCACACAGGAAUCACAGGUCAAUCCAGCGCAUUUCAAAAGAUUCUGAAGCAUUUUAAAACAGCAAUGAAAGACUUAGAUGAGUUAUUGAAAGUUUUGGAGAAUAAUCUGAGCAAGGAUGGUGGAAAGGCCAAAAAGCAAUGGCGAGCGUUGAAGAUAGUUCUCAAGGGUAAAGUCCUGGAAGAGCUGGUGGAGAGGCUCGAACGGGCAAAAUUACUCUUGACACUGGCUUAAAAUUGCCAGAGCAUGUAAGUUGAUUCUGCUUUAACCUCCAAACUACGUGGCUCUCCAAGUAAUAGAUAUUGAACAGAGCGAUGCAACAGGCGUGAUCAUAACAGGUUGCAGCUGCCCGGCCACGCGCAGAACUAUGUAGAUGGUUGAUUGCUCAAGGAGUUCAGGCUACCGAAUGUGACGCGCGGCGUGGAUAGUAUACUACAUGACUAGCUUAUCAUUUGAUUAAUCUGGACUAAUGCUUCUCUAGCAAUGCGUUACAUAUGGCGGCUUUCGUUACCGAUGGCUUCUCCAUCCGAGCUUACAACUUCACUACUUUGCCGCAACUUCGGUCUUUUGAUAAGGAGCCCAACUACAUCAAUGUCCUUAACACUCUUCGAAUUCUCGUAGAAGUUGGAAAAUGUGAUCCAAUGCAACGCGCAAUCUAUGGACAAACACCCUUGGAUUUGUACCAUAGUGGAGCGAGCCUUACACUUAUAUGCUCAAUCAAGAAUUCCUUGUCUCGGUUGAUCCGCAAGGACCCGGUGAUGGGCAUGUGUUGGAAGACCAUAUAAUUUACAGAUCCCAUGUUUCAGAAACAAUUGUUAAAUACAUGAUGGAAAAAAUCAUUAAAUUCUCAGAGUCUCGACGUUUGAAGGACGGCUUUCCUAGUUGGCCGGGUGCCCUGUAUUAUUUGUUAUUUUUAUUAGCAGAUAAUCUACGUGAUCGUCGAGGCACCCACACAUCUACCGCAACCAUUUCGUUCAUUUCUGCUCUUCUAGAAAUGAGAGUUGAUAUCCAUCUCAAAAACGAAUUGCUUGGGUCACCAUUGUCGCGGAUAGUUCAAUCGGAUGUUUUGGAGAAUCUGCCUUUACUGAUCAUUACAUGGUUUGAAUUACUAAGGAAAUUUGAUUACGAUCUACAAGACUACAUUCUUAAAGAAUGGGAAUAUUACCAGCGUUGUAUAAUUGACCCGCUCCGGGAUCGAGGUUUCUGGUAUAUGCACAUUUUUCAUGCCCGCAAAACUGCAAAUAUUAUUUGCAAAUUCGAGUGUUACGACUACUGCCAUCACUAUAGGAACAUGUUUUCACAAACUCGACAAAACCGGAUGCCUGGAGCUUGGGAAGAUGACGUGGACGGUGGAGGGUGGUCUGACCAUGUGCACAAGUUUUUACAUGACGAGGUUACCGUGUCCAAAAUACGGAGGCCUCGCAGAUCACCAGACUUUGAAAUGUAAGUAAAAAUCUAAAGCCUUUCAAGCGCCAAACCAAAAGGAUUGCUCCCGCCACAAAAGCUAAUUCGAAAUAUGGAGGUCAUUUGAGAUCGGUCCAUUAAUAGAUGGCGAACAAAAUUUCAGUCAUAAAGGCUCUCUCUUGCGUCGAAUGUUAAGUUGUUAUUGUGAAUUCUUUAUGGGGUGGGUGUUCUCAUGAGCCUCCUUUCGGCAAAUAUAGUGCUGAGACUGGUGAAAUGGAUUCGUGUGAACAUUUGGAAGGAGAAAGCGAUGGCGAAUGUGAGGGUGGUUGUGGGGAUGAUGGUAAUAAUUCUGGGGAAGGACAGAAAGACGGAGAUGUCCAAUAGGGUGACUCCAAGAGCAAAUUUGGGAGUGAUUAUUACUACUGUGGACAUUGUGGAAGGAGCUAUUAGGAUUUCACUGUGGUGGUUUAAGGAUGGUAACUCUAUUGAUUUGAAAUUAGUCGGCUUUGGAUAGCCAAUGUGCGUUUCAAGCCCUGAGAUGCAGCUAGCCUGCUAUAUAGUGGUGGAAGGUAAACAUGAUUUUGAUGCCGCCGUUUCAAUGCCUUUCUAUUUUUGAAGGAUGUCCAAAAUGCAGAUGGAAGUGAUGGCUGCAUCCGGUCAUUUGUGAGCCGAUUUAGAGCACUGCGCUUG